AUGAUCUAUGACCACGAGUAUGUUAGUGAAGAUAUGAUCUAUAACCACGAGUAUGUUAGUGAAGAUAUGUUCUAUAACCACAAGUAUGUUAGUGAAGAUAUGAUCUAUAACCACGAGUAUGUUAGUGAAGAUAUGUUCUAUGACCACGAGUAUGUUAGUGAAGAUAUGUUCUAUGACCACGAGUAUGUUAGUGAAGAUAUGUUCUAUAACCACGAGUAUGUUAGUGAAGAUAUGAUCUAUGACCACGAGUAUGUUAGUGAAGAUAUGAUCUAUGACCACGAGUAUGUUAGUGAAGAUAUGUUCUAUGACCACGAGUAUGUUAGUGAAGAUAUGUUCUAUGACCACGAGUAUGUUAGUGAAGAUAUGAUCUAUGACCACGAGUAUGUUAGUGAAGAUAUGAUCUAUAACCACGAGUAUGUUAGUGAAGAUAUGUUCUAUGACCACGAGUAUGUUAGUGAAGAUAUGAUCUAUGACCACGAGUAUGUUAGUGAAGAUAUGUUCUAUGACCACGAGUAUGUUAGUGAAGAUAUGUUCUAUGACCACGAGUAUGUUAGUGAAGAUAUGAUCUAUGACCACGAGUAUGUUAGUGAAGAUAUGAUCUAUAACCACGAGUAUGUUAGUGAAGAUAUGUUCUAUGACCACGAGUAUGUUAGUGAAGAUAUGAUCUAUAACCACGAGUAUGUUAGUGAAGAUAUGUUCUAUGACCACGAGUAUGUUAGUGAAGAUAUGAUCUAUGACCACGAGUAUGUUAGUGAAGAUAUGUUCUAUGACCACGAGUAUGUUAGUGAAGAUAUGUUCUAUGACCACGAGUAUGUUAGUGAAGAUAUGUUCUAUGACCACGAGUAUGUUAGUGAAGAUAUGAUCUAUGACCACGAGUAUGUUAGUGAAGAUAUGAUCUAUGACCACGAGUAUGUUAGUGAAGAUAUGUUCUAUGACCACGAGUAUGUUAGUGAAGAUAUGUUCUAUGACCACGAGUAUGUUAGUGAAGAUAUGAUCUAUGACCACGAGUAUGUUAGUGAAGAUAUGUUCUAUGACCACUAG